AAAUGUUUAUGAUUUUAUGCACAUGAGAAACCAUUUUGUGCAACAAAGUACGGUGCGCCACCGUUCGCUCAAGUGUUGGUACCCAGAGAUCGUGGUUUAGUCACCAGAAGGUAGUAGUGGCCCCAAAGAAGAUAAAACAUAAAAAUAAGAGUAUAGAGAAGGAAAAUCAAAACGAUCCAAAGCCAGGCUAACGGGGGCCGCAGAGCACUUUCCAUUCUCAUGCCACUGGACAGCGGUUUGCAGUAAAGAAAAAGUUGAUGUUGACUAAUCUCGUAUUAGAUAGCUUAGCAUGUCAGAACGCCGUGGUACGAAGGCUCUAGAACUAUGGUGUCGCCGCGUCACCGAGGGCUAUAAGGAUGUUCGAGUCACAAACAUGAGCACCUCCUGGCGCGACGGCCUCGCUUUCUGUGCAAUUAUCCACAACUUUCGUCCGGACUUGAUAGAUUUUGCUGCUCUCAAAAAAGAUGACAUAUACUACAACAAUGAACUAGCAUUCAGCAUUGCCGAAAAGCAUCUCAGCAUACCCUCGCUGCUGGAUCCAGCUGAUAUGCUCAAGUACGAAGUGCCUGACCGAUUCUCAAUACUAACCUACCUGUCGCAAUAUUACCGAGUAUUCAGUAAUCAAGAACCGACCACUACGAACAAAAAAACAGCAGAAAAGGAAGCCAAAUCCGACGGAUUGGAUACGAAGAUGGCAAACUCAACCGCUUUCGUAGGAGUCCCGAAACGUGAGCCCUGCCGCAAAUGUGGCAAUCCGGUGUUCUUCGCCGAGCGUAUUAGUUUCGAACAAAAACUUUAUCACCGUUCCUGUUUGAAAUGUGCCCGCUGUGGCGCUCAGCUGACGCUAGGGAGUUUCUACGAAACGGAAACCGACGGUGAAUACUGUUGCGAAACGUGCCCGGAUGAAGAGAUUCAGAUCGCUGAGCGGCGACGUUCGAUGUCGGCCGAAGCUGCUACCGAGUCGCCAGUUAAUGGCACUCGAGAAAAUAUCCGCACCAAUCGAAGUAGUAAACUACUAGAACGAAUAUCAUUUUUCGAAUCGGCGCCACUCAGCGAUGAGGAGAAAACAUCCAACAUGGCUCGACGGGCAAAAAUGACUAGCUUUCUGAAGGAUUCACUAGAAAAAUCCGAUAAAUUAGAUAACGUUACUGAAGCAGAGAAAAACGAAACUGUGCCACUUGAAGAAUCAUCCGAUAGCGAAGAUGAGCCGGAUAGAGAUGAACCUCCUCCCAGUCCACCGGCGACCAAACCUCCUCCUUUAAUACUUGAAACAGAUAAACUGAUUAUUGAACCUACUACAGAUAUUGCCACCACUCAAGCUUCAAACACUGAUAACAUUGAAGAGGAGUGCAAUGGAAGUCAAGAAGUGAACAAUAUUAGCACCACUGAGCGUGGCGCCGAAGAAUCUCUUGAACCCCCUGCUUCAAGUCAAAGAAACUCGGACACUCCGGAUGAAUUGAAUCCUAUAACUGAUGUUGAAUUAAUAACGUUGAACGGGACCAUCAUCAAAGAUUCAGAAUGUGAACAUGUCAAUGGUGAAAGUAUGAUAAAUACUGGAGAAGAGGUUAUUGCCAAUACCGAAUUGCCAGAAAGUAAAGAACAAAACGACGAACAAAAUGCAGAAGUAUCUCAAGAAACAUCUGCUGAAGCAGAGGCUCAGCCUGUAGAAGUGCCUGAAGUACAUGUGAUUUGCGAGGAAAAGAAUGAUUCUAGUUUAAGCAAGCUGGAAGAAGUGCCUAAGAAUGAAGCCAUUAUCAUAAGUGAUACUGUUACAUCAGAAAUAUCAAUUCCGGAUGUUGAGAUUCAUACAGAGAAGCAAAAUGACACUUUUCAAUCUGAAGAAGUGUAUCCUUCCGAUUUGAACCCGUUCGGGGACGAUUCAGAUGAGUCAUCGCAACUGCCAUCAAAACCCGUUCCUUCAGCGCGAAAGGUCAGCACAAAUCCAUUCGGCAGUGACGACGAAGAUGAAUCUCAACCUGUAAACGCUAAGCCGCCUCGUCCUCCACCUCCGAAAAUAAAGCCACUUGUUCCUGCUAAUCCGUUUGGCGAUGACGAAGAUGCUGAACCAGAGAACGAAAUCGUUCCAAUUAUCAUCAAACCUUCACCACGUCGCACACCGGUUCCAACGCCACGCAAACAGCACAACCAUACCGAUUCCAUCAGCUCGAUGGAAACCUCUUUGAUGUCCAGUCAAUUCGGAGGUUCAAAUGUUUCACUCGCUUCAUCUUUGGAUAGCACGUCAGCCUCGAUGACGAUAAAUCGUCGCAAGAAGCCUAAAGCACCGGAUGUACCAGCUGCCAUCACGAAAAUAUCGACCGAAAACUUAUCUACCAGUCAAUCUACAACUCCUCGUAGGAAACGCUUGGCUCCUGCACCUCCUCCAUCGUCAACACCGAAGCCAAACGAUACAAAAUCUUCAUCACCCAAUCCAACUCAACGGUUGAUAACUUUGGAUGCUAGUUUAAUCGGGAACGAUUCUGAUCUGAACGAACCGAUUAGUCGAGCUGCCAGCAACGACUCGGUAGUUUACAGGCGAACCAUCAUUCCUUUGAAAGUCGACGACGAUAGUCUAACUCUGGAAACCACUACCACGACAAGCGAACGGCAGUGGGAAAAAAUGAAAGACAACAAGGAAGCUCAGAACCGCAACCGACAGUCACAGAUAUCUCCCACCAGCUCCCAGAACGAUUCCUACAAUAAUUUAAUAUCCAAUAAAUCCCAACAAGGCAAAUGGAAACGGCGCAAAGGUCCAGCACCGGCCCUACCUGUGCCAUUACCCGAGCGUAAAACAAUCAAAAUGCUACCGCUGAAGGAGAUUCGGCAGGAGAUGGACAUUAUUGAAACGCAACAGCAAGGACUGGAGAAGCAGGGUGUGAUUUUGGAACAAAUGAUCCGGGAACGAUGCGAGGGAGUCGGACCAGAGAUGGACAUCACCGGCAUCCAGACCAACUCGAAGGAGGUUGAAGAUCUGAUCAUGCAGCUGUUUGAGCUGGUCAACGAGAAGAACGAACUUUUUCGGAGGCAGGCCGAGCUGAUGUACUUGCGUCGGCAACAUCGUUUGGAGCAGGAGCAGGCUGAUCUGGAAUACGAAAUCCGCCUAUUGAUGGCACAACCAGAACGGAACAAAACCGAUUCCGAUAAGGAAAAGGAAGAAGCCCUUAUUGCGAGGCUGGUUGAGAUCGUUCAAAUGCGAAAUGAGGUGGUAGAUUGCCUGGAGAUGGACCGUUUACGAGAGGCGGAAGAGGAUAUGAGUAUCAAACAGAGCAUCGAAGAACGAGCAGCCAGCCAGCAGAAGCACAGCAAAAAAGAUUCCGAUACAGAAAAGUCUACGAGUGGCGAUUCGUUCGUGAAACUUUCGAAAAAGGAAAAGAAGAAGCUCAAAGAGGCGAAGAAGCUGGUAAAAUCGAAGAAAAUCGAUUCGGAAAAGGAUGCUGACGAGACCGAAAGCAGCACCAAAGAGAAAAAGAAGAAGAAGAAAUUCUUUUCCGACUUUCUGCACCCUAAAUGAGCCCGCUGACUACGUUAACAUAGUCCAUCCGGAGUAUAUUUUAUGUACCAUCUUAUGAUUAAAUUAUAUGUUUGUUCACACUACUCAGAGUUAAUCCAUCAAGCGGAUUUUUUAUUAGCUUUGUUCAGAAUUAUGAAUUCUGAUCUAGUUGAGAAAAACAAACUUAGAAAACAUCAUCAACCUUGCUUUAACAAUCAAACAAUCGUACAUUCCAGUUACUGUUGAGUUUCUUCAAUGUUCUAGAAGAAAAUGGAAAAGAAGUAGUUAAUUAGCUGUUUAAUCAUAUCAUCAUUUUUCUAUCUUACAUGUCAUAUUGUAUUAACAAUGUUUAAGUUUUUGUGUCUUGUGAUCGUUUCAUUUGUCAUUUCAGAAAGCAUUUAUAUAGAUAAACGAUACACCGUGUGAAAAGACGUGUCCUAGUUUGGUUAAGUUUUGUCUUACGCUUUUUAUCGUUUAUGAUAUGGAAGUUUUUUUUUUUCUGUGCGAUAUGUGAAUAUAGUAACAAUAAAAUGGUACACUUGUAGAAAGCUUAA